AUGGCUACGCCAGAGCUGGCCAUCGCAAAGGCCACCCUCUCUGCCACUCUCUUCCGCGCCGAUCCAACAUCUCUUAGCCGUCCAGAAGUCGAAACCUUCUUCCCAAUCCUUACAGACGCCCUCGCCAAGUGCUCGCGCCCCAACGUCCAGAAAUGCAAGGUUUGGAUCAUCGAUAAAAUUGCGCCCUCUGCCGCGCGCACGACUGCCCUGGCAAAAUACUUCAACGCCCUAUCCAAGAGUCUACAGGACGACGGCUCACGGCCGAGCCUUAAGCGACGGAGACUGCAUCUUUUGUAUGUUUUAAACGACGUGCUGUAUCACGCCGUCACGAGAAACGAUGACUUCAAGUUUGCGACAGCUUGGGAACCCGUUUUGCCUGGGAUGAUCGCAAGCGCCGCCGCGUUCGACAAUUGCCCGAAACAUAAGCAAAAGAUCGCGGAUCUUAUUCGCCUGUGGGAGGACCAGCAAUACGUCAAUUCUAGUUUCGCCAAAAAGCUCGAAGAUGCCCUCACUAGUGGUGUCGCUCCUCAAACGGCCCAAGAAGCGCAAGCAUCCAAUGUUACUCUUAAACUUGCAAAGGACGCGCCCUAUACGCUCCCUUCUUUCCACGGAGAUAACACGGUACCCUGGUACGAUCUACCCGCAACAACAUGGCUACCUCACCUGACUCCGAACUCAACAAAACCAAUGUUUCCCGACCAGAUUCGACCUAUUCAACUCGCAGCUGGCCCUGCAGACAAGGUUCUUGUCAACGCUGUACAAGACCUCCUAGGAGAGGUUGAGCGCAUGUUCUCGAAGGAGCAAAAGUGGAAUGACGAACCCGGCAACGAUCUAAAUGAGUUGGGAGAACGAGUCGUUCUGGAUGAAAUUACAGGUGAGGUUAUUGGAGGAGACACAUACUACGGCUGGUCCCGGCAGUUUUGCGAGAAAAUGAAAGAGAGAAAGAAGGACAGAAAGGGGCCAGACAGGGGUCGUUCGCGCUCCAGAUCUCGCAGCUAUUCUCGCAGUCGAUCACGAAGUUCUUCACGGCCCGCGCAUAAGCGCCGAAGAGCUUCUCAAGACUCCAGGGGUCGAAGUCUUUCCCGCAGCCGAAGCCGGUCAUAUAGCCCUGAUAACGAUCGCGGCGCAAAACGACCACGCAGUCCCAGCUAUAGUCGCAGUCGAAGUCGGAGUCGAAGCCGUAAAGCACGAUUUGAGCGCCCAGGGUACAGCAGAUCACCAUCGCGUUCACCUCCACGCUUUCAGGACAAGGACCCCCAAGAUCGUCCACAUCGCCCGCCCCCUUUCCCUCAACAGGCGCCUCCAGCACCUUUCCCUCCCAUCCCACCACCAGGAGACUUCCCUGCUCCUCCGCCUCCCCCAGCUGGCUACCAAGGUCCUUGGCCACCGCCGCCGCCACCUCCUCAUAUGGCUCAAGGCUGGUUCCCCCCUAACCCAGCCAUGAUGGGCCAGAUGAUGGGUGGCUGGAAUGUUCCGCCCCCUCCACCUCCGCCGCACAACGGAUACCAAGGAAGGGGGCGAGGAAACGGAUAUCGUGGUAGAGGGAGGGGUGGAUAUGAUCGAGGUCGAGGGUGGUAA